AUACCCCCCUCCAGCCCUUCCCGAUUUUUAUACCGGAGCCCCCAGUAUUGUUAUGUCAAGUCGUGAAAUGUUAAUUUGCUCUGAAGCACUUCACCUCCUAAUAUCCAUACACCUUGAUGUCAAGUCGUGAAAUGUCAAUUUGCUCUGAAGCACUUCACCUCCUAAUAUCCAUACACCUUGGACGAGUUUGCUAGCAUCGGCUCGUAAACAACAAUAGCGAUAAACAAAAUUUUAGUGUAAAUUGUAAAGAAAUUGUUCCCAACCGCCCGCGAUGGACAUGAAGGAUGAGGAAUAUCCUUCCACAGCGGCGUUCGAGUCGGAGUGGUGCCGGGUCUGCGUGUCCGAGCCGGAGGCGAUACACGGCAUGGACGAGAUGAUAGACGCCGACCAUUCGGUAAGCCUUAACAUGAUGCUGGAGGCAAUGUUUCCCAUGUUUGCCAGUCCGGAAGGGAAAGAUUCACCCACCACCCAGCAACACUUGCCAACGAAAGCGUGCGAUAGCUGCAAGCACAAGAUCAUGAUCGCGUACGGGCUGUACCUGCUGCUGAUAGAGAGCGAAGAGCGGCUGCAGCGCUAUCUAGGGGAAGCUCCACGGUCCUGCACGGACGAUGAGAAGGCGGAACAAUCCUGUGCACCGUACGAGGUGCUGAUCGAGUGUAGCUUUGACGAUGGCGAGACAGCACUGUCGAGGGAGGAGGAACCACCCGCCUUGCAGCCGUUGGAAGCGUUGGACGAGGAAAGUGUACCGCGGAAAAGAGGCAGACCACGAACCCGGCCACUACCACAGACCACCACCGUGCUCGUGGAGGAGGAGAAGCGACCGAAGCGAAUGAGUAAACAGGACCGGACCAACGAGAGCGUCACGGAAGAGGAGCAAAUGGUGCUGGAAGAAGAUAUCGUUCUGCUGGAUGAAUUCACGGGAGAACAAACCUCCCAACCAGUGGCAAAGAAACGGAGUCGAAAGCCCAAAGUUCGGGCAGAUAGUACCGAUCAGCUGGAUGAAUCCACCACGGAACAAACAAUCGAACCACCGGUGGCAAAGAAACGGGGUCGAAAGCCCAAAGUUCGGGCAGAAAGCACCGAUCAGCUGGAUGAUUCCACGGCGGAACAAACCGUCGAACCACCGGUGGCAAAGAAACGGGGUCGGAAGCCCAAAAUUAAACCCGAACCAGCCGAAGGCGACGAAAGCAGCACGGAAGGCAGGAAGGAACGGAAGCAAAGCGCAACGAUCAAGGUGGAAGCGGCCGAAUAUUUGUCGGAUCAGGGUGGCAGUGGCGUUGAGCUAGAGUCUAAGGUGGACGUGUACAAAUGUCAGCUGUGCGAGGGGCCAACGUAUGGGUCGCCCACCGAGCUGACCGAUCACCUGAAGGCGGAACAUCCGGACCUGAUACGCACGUGCGACAAGUGUCCGAAGGUGUUCAUGACGGAGGCGGCGUACCAGCAUCACCAGUACUGCCAUGCGACGCUGCGCUCCUACUUCUGCAUGUUCUGCGACAAGGGCUUCCAGACGGAGAAUCUGCUGAAAAGCCAUACCAAGUCGCACACGGAGAUGGCCGAGUUUUUGUGCUCGCUGUGCGGGAAGAAGUUCAACAACAAGAGCAACUUGCGGCAGCAUCUGGUGCGCCACACGGGCGUGAAACCGUGGGCCUGUACUCAGUGUCCGAGCCGGUUCUGUACGAAGGGUGCAUUAAACUUACACCAGAGAACACACUCGAAGCUAAGACCGUUCAGUUGCGAUAUUUGUGGCUCACAGUUCCACACACGAUACUCCCUGAUCAAGCACCAGCUAAUCCAUACAGGUGAACGUCCGUACAGUUGCGAUCUCUGCCCCAUGAGAUUCGUCUCGACCUACCACGUGAAACGACACAUGCUUACGCACACCGGUGAAAAGCCGUUCAAGUGUACGUACUGUGAGCGCAGCUUCGCGCAAAGCAACGACAUGGUGAAGCACAUGAAAACGCACGUGGGUGAAAACCCGUACCAGUGCGAUCGGUGUGAAGCAUCGUUCCGGCUCCUCACCGAUCUGCGCAACCACUACAAGGAGACGUGCACGCCGGUCGAUAAAGGGGCCGGUUCGUCCGCGGACGAGGGGAAAGCGAUACGAUUCACAAGCACAAGCAUUUUGAAGAUGCGAUACGAGAAGGAGAUGGGCCAGUACAGCGAGCAGCGGUACGAGGAAAGCGCUGGCCAGCGGAAGGUUAUGGCAGAGGCGACCGAGUUUCCUGCAAUGGAGUCCGCGAUGGACGUGGACGUGGUAUGGCCAUCGACCGACGCAACGGCGUGCUGCCGCAUCUGCGUGCUGGAGACGGAGGCGGCGGACGCGUGCCGCAUGCACGAACCGCUGGAGGAAAAUGGGUCCCAGAGCCUGCAGAUCGUGCUGGAGAAGCUGUUCCCGGGCGUGUUCAACGAGGAGCAGGUGCAGCACGACUACACCAUGAACUGGCCGAUGGUGGUGUGCCGGGAGUGCAAGCGCAAGGUGCAGGAAGCGCACGAGCUGUACGAGACCUGUCUCGAUAGCCGCGGUCGACUGCAGAAACGUUCCGCCAAGGAGGAAAUGCACGCAGACGAAGCGAUCGUACCGGUGGACUGUGUGGUGGACGAGCAGGCGCAAGAGUUCCUGGAGUGCGAUCUCAUCCCGGAAACGGAGCUCGAGCCGGAGCUGGAACCACUGCCCGCCUCAUCGCGCCGACGUACGGUGAAGGCGCGCAAAAGCGAACCCGCACCGAGGGGUUCGCGGACGAAGAAAGCGCACACCGCACCUGCGGAGGUAACGGAAAUCAAGAAGGAGCUGGAGGACCCACAGGAGCAACUACAGGAGGAGCAGCAGCCGGAGGUGGAAGUGCUCGAAGAGGAGGAGUUAGAGUUUGCCGAUGAAAGCAACAGUGCAGAGCCGGAAUGGAAACCACCGUCGUCCGCCGGAAGAGGCAAGAAAGCGAGAGGCGCACCGAAAGCGAAGCCGACCGACGAGAAGGUGCCGAAGGAAAGGAAGAAGCGCGAGCGUAAGCCAAAGGUCGAGCCGGGCGCGGAGGGAAAGCUCGAAUCCAAGACGGAGCUGUACCGGUGCCAGCUGUGCUCGGGGCCAACGUACGAGACGCCCGGUGAGUUGACGGAGCAUCUGAAGGCGGAACAUCCGGCCCAGAUACGGCCGUGCGACAAGUGCCCGAAGGUGUUCGUCAGCGAGCAGACGUUCCAGCACCACCAGUACUGUCACGCGACCGGCCGGUCCUUCUUCUGCGACUUCUGCGACAAGGGAUUCCAGACGGAGGGGCUGCUGACGAGCCACACCAAGUCGCACACGCGCGGUCCCAAGUUCCUGUGCUCGUACUGCGGCAAGGGGUUCACCACCAAGAGCAGCCUGCAGAAGCAUAUGACAUUCCAUACGGACAGCAAAUCGUGGCCGUGCCGUCUGUGCCCCUGUCGGUUCAAUACGAAAGCCUGCCUGCACGUGCAUAUGCGUACACACACAAAAACGAAGAUCUAUACCUGCCCGAUCUGUGGCUCGCAGUUUAACAAACACUACUCGAUGGUGAAGCAUCAGAUCAUUCACACAGGAGAACGCCCAUUUGUCUGUGAGCUUUGUCCCAUGAGGUUUGUCUCGCCGUACCACGUGAAACGGCACAUGCUAACGCACACCGGGGAAAAGCCCUACAAAUGUACGUACUGUGAGCGCAGCUUCGCGCAAAGCAACGUGCUCGUGAAGCACAUGAAAACGCACGUCGGCGACCAUCCGUACCAGUGCGAUCGGUGUGACGCGUCCUUCCGGCUGCUGAAGGACCUGCGCAACCACUAUCAGGAGCACUACGUGGAGAGCGAGAACGGUAUCGGGCCGUCCCCGGUCGUGGACGAUAAGGAUAUACGCUUUACCAGCACGGAAAUCUUGAAGCUGCGAUACCAAAAAGAGAUGGGCCAGUACAGCCAAAAGUAUGAGGGCAGCGGUGGUGACGAUUGUAGUAAAUUGAACCAUUUUGCAGGAUUUUAUUUUGUAGCAAUUUACGCAAGUGAGUGCCAAUUGUCCACCGUGUACCACACCAUGGACGAGGAAAACAAUUCAGUCGAGCUAUCGCUUCGCUCAACCUUCUGCCGCAUCUGUGUCACGCCCUGGAAGAUGAACCACUGCAUGCAGGAACCAUGCGAUCCGGGCGAAUCUUUAAGCUUGCACUGCAUGCUGGAAAUCCUCUUCCCGACCAUCUUCAACGAUCAUACUGCAAACUGGCCGGCCAAAAUCUGCCAGGACUGUGGCGAGAAAGUGUUACAGGCGUACGCUUUGUACGUGCAAUGUGGGCAAAGUGCAGAGCAGCUGGAAAGGUUGUGCAACGAGCAGGAGGAUGCGACGAUGUGCGAUGAAGUAAUGAUUACGGUCAAGGGGGAUUACACGCCCGAUGUGUUGGUGGAGGAGGCAGUUGUUAUAUCUGAGCUGGAGCCGGGAAUAGUGGAUACUGUGGCGAACUGCAACCCACUGGAGGAUAAUUCCGACGAGUCGCUCGAAGAAGGUCAAGUGCUGCAUCGCCCAGAAAUCGUCAUAGCGAAGCAAAAGGUGCAUGAAAAGCGUAGAAAUGCUGCUGCAACGAAGAGGAAACACAAACGCAUACAGCCCUCGGCAAGUAAUGAGCGAGUUGUUGCUGAAACUCAAGCUCCAGCACGGACGAGACAGGGGAAUCGGAGGCAAGUGGUCUUAACUCAAAUGAAAGCGCUUGAAAGUGUCGAGGACAAACUGCCGGAAGAAAAGAGCAGGAUAAAUGAUGGCAGGCGUUCAACGACGCGUGAAAAAGGCAACGCCACUCUAGACAACAGCAGCACCUCCCGAUCGGAUGACGAUACCGAACCAAAUUGCAAGAAAAGUAUCAAAAAAUUGAACGAUACGACAGCAGAAGAAGCGCCCCAGCACGAGGAGAAGCUCGAAACGAAAAAAGAUCUCUACAAAUGUGUGCUGUGCGAUGUUCCGGCGUUCACCGGGCCGGACGCACUGACCGACCAUCUUAAGGCGACGCAUCCGGACCAGAUACGGGCGUGCGAGCAAUGUCCUAAAGUGUUUGCAGCGCAGGCCGCCUUCGAGCAGCACCAGUACUGCCAUGCGACGGGCCGGUCACACUUUUGUCCGUUCUGCGACAGGGGCUUUCAAACGGCACUGCUGCUCAAGAGCCAUAUACGCACGCAUACGCAGCGGUCCGACUAUCUGUGCUCGCUGUGCGGGAAGGAGUUUAAUGUGAAGAACAACCUGCGCCAGCACAUGAUAAUGCAUUCGGGCGAGAGGCCAUGGGCGUGCCCGCUGUGUCCCUGUCGGUUUAGCACGAAAGGAGGACUAAAGAGCCAUCAGAAUACGCACACGCGAAUUAAAGCAUUUAGCUGUGACACUUGUGGAUCACAGUUUAAUAAACAUUACUCGUUAAUCAAGCAUAAACUGAUACACACAGGUGAACGACCGUUUGGGUGUGAAAUUUGCAAAAUGAGAUUCACCAACAGCUACAUGGUAAAACGACACAUGCGGACCCACACGGGCGAAAAGCCCUACAAAUGUACGUACUGUGAGCGCAGCUUCGCACAGAGCAACGACAUGGUGAAGCACAUGAAAACGCACGUCGGCAGCAAUCCGUACCAGUGCGAUCGGUGCGAUGCCUCGUUCCGCCUCCUGGUGGACCUACGUAACCACUACAAGGAGCAUAAGCAGCCCGGUGAGCUAGGGGCCGGCUCAUCCACCGAGGAAGAUGCGAAAGGGAUGCGGUUUACCAGCCAGGACAUUCUGCAGUUAAGGUACAAGAAGGAAAUGAAUCAGCAGCAGCUAACAGAAAUGGAGGAAGAGUUUUUGAUUUUAAACCUAAAACCGACGACCUGCCGUAUCUGUGCGACGGUCAGCGUCGAACAGUACUGCAUCUACGAAACGAUCUACAAGGACGGUACGCUUAGCAUGCACGCGAUGAUGGAAAAGCUGGUUCCCUCGGUGUUCAACCCGGAGCAGAUGAAGGUGGACGAGUACAUGUGCUGGCCGCGGAAGGUGUGCGAAGACUGCCGGGCCAAGGUGCUGGAGGCGUACGCACUGUACGAGCAGUGCAUGCGGAGUGGCGAUCUGCUGCGCGAAUGCUUGUCGCGCAAACCGGGCGCGCUGGUCAUUGAAAACACGUACGACGAUGAGCUGAAGCAGGACUAUGCGAUCGAAACGACGGUGGAGGAGACAGUGUCGGACUUUGUCGAUCACGACGAACCGAUCGUGCUGGAUCAGAGCACGGAGAGUAGCGCCGGCACUGCCACCGGCCGGCGGGUUAGAAAACAAAUCUCGAAAGAGCCAAAAUCGGGCAAGAAACAAAAGCCGGAUUUGGCGGAACCGCGUACCCCAUCGCCGACCGAUGACUUUGGCUGUGAUUCGGAGGAACAGGACGAAAAACCGCUCAGCAGCUUGGUGGUGAGCGAAAAGGUAGCACGCAAAUCGCGAUCGGCACGAAACGCAAACGCUAAGCGCAACAGUUCGGCUACCGGAAAAAGCAACGAGCAACGAACGCGUGGAAAGAAGGGACCCGGCAGGAAGCCAAAGCAACCAAAGGAGGAAAGUGACAACGAUACGGAGGAACCGAAAACGAAGGUCGACCUGUACCGCUGUCUGCUGUGCGAUGCACCGACCUACACCUCGCCGAAGGAGCACACCGACCAUCUGCUGAAGGAACAUCCGGACCAGAUACAUUGCUGCAAGCAGUGCCCGAAGGUGUUCAUGACCAAGGCGGCCUUCGAGCAUCACCAGUACUGUCACGCGACGGGGCGUUCGUUCUUCUGCAUGUUUUGCGACAAAGGCUUUCAGACGGAGCAGCUGCUGAAGAACCACAUGCGGACGCAUACACAUGGGACCGGGUUCCUGUGCUCGCACUGUGGGCAGGAGUUUAGCAAUCGGAGCAAUCUGCGCCAACACUUGAUACGGCACACGGGUGAGAAGCCGUGGCAGUGUAAUCUGUGCCCGAGUCGUUUCAGUAUGAAGAGUUACCUAGACAGACAUAUGCACACCCACACGAAAGCCAAGUUUUUCAGCUGCGACACGUGUGGGUCACAAUUUAGCCGGCACUAUUCGUUGGUAAAGCAUCAACUAAUCCACACAGGAGAUCGUCACUUUACCUGUGAGGUUUGCAGUAUGCGAUUCACCUCGAGCCACCACGUUAAACGGCACAUGCUUACGCACACCGGCGAGAAACCGUUCAAGUGUACGUACUGUGAGCGCAGCUUCACGCAAAGCAACGACAUGGUGAAGCACAUGAAAACGCACGUGGGCGAAAAUCCGUACCAGUGCGAUCGGUGUGAAGCAUCGUUCCGGCUGCUCACCGAUCUGCGCAAUCACUACAAGGACCACUAUCUGCCGGGCGGCAAGGAUGCACUGUCCGGUGAGGAGGACAAGGGUACGAUACGGUUUACCAGCACGAAUAUACUGAAAAUUCGGUACGAAAAGGAAAGAAACAGUGGCCGGCCGGUCAAGCAGGAGGUACGGGCGGCUGGGCACAAUCAAACGAUGUUUCCGGAAUGUAAACAACGCACAGCUGUAGCGCAGCUUCUUCGCCUUACCCACCACAGUGUCGCAAAACUUUCUCUGCCGCCGCCUCCAGCUACGAUGGAGAAGGAACAGCCCCAAGACCAAACCAUGACGAUACAGCUAACGUUCUGUCGCAUCUGUGCCGUCCUCAGCACGGAGGAGCAUUGCAUCUACGAAGUGGCGUACAGUGCCGGCACACUCAGCAUGCACGCGAUGAUGGAAAAGCUAGUUCCCUCGGUGUUCAACGCGGAGCAGGUAAAGGUGGACGAGUUUAUGUCCUUUCCCACGAAAGUGUGCGGCAGUUGCAAAGCCAAAGUGCUCGAGGCGUACGGGCUGUACGAGCAGUGCGUGAGGAGUGGCGAUCUGCUGCGCGACUGUUUAGCGCGUAAGAAAAACGCAACGUUCAUCGUGAACAUAACCGGUGCUGGCGGUGGUGGUGGUGGUGGUGGUGGUGGGGUGGAUAGUUCCGAGGGCAAAAUCAUUGUCCCGCUGGCGUACGAAACGGAGGAAGUGUCGGUAGGUGGCAAACCUCACACUACAACGGUGGUUGAGAUAACGACGGAAGAAAUCGGCCCACACUGUAAGGUGGAAAGUGAAGGCGAAAGUGAGAUAGUGGAGUUGGUUCCAAGCCAAGAUGAAGAUGCCGCUGAGCAUGUUGCCUCGGAACAGGGAGAUCAUCCGACGUGUUCCGAGGGAGAAACUGUAACGAUACCUGCUCCCAAGGUAAAGCACGAAACGAGUAGAGCAAAACAUGCACGAACACGUGCGACAACGAAAAGAAACGUAAAGCAAGCAAAAACGACGAAAAGAAAACAGGAAGACACUGCCGACGUGCUGUUGGAAACAACGGAACAACCAAAACUGAAUCCCGUUCAAUUGCGCUGCCUACUGUGCAAUCGACCAGCGUUUGCCGCACCGGCGGAACUUACGCAGCACCUGCACAGCGAGCAUGCGGAUCAAAUAUUGCGCUGCACCCUCUGCCCGAAAGUGUUAAUGACCAAGGCGGCCUUCGAGCAUCACCAGUACUGUCACGCGACGGGGCGAUCGUUCUUUUGCGCGCUGUGCGAUAAAGGCUUUCAGUCGGAGCAGCUGCUGAAGAACCACAUGCGGACGCACACGCACGGGACCGGGUUCCUGUGCUCGCAGUGUGGCAAAGAGUUUAGCGAUCGAAGCAACCUGCGCCAGCACGAGCAGCGCCACACCGGCGAGAAACCCUGGGCAUGCAGUAUGUGUCCAAGCCGGUUUAGCACGAAGGGCUAUCUGACGGUACAUUUGGCCACCCAUACAAAAACGAAAGCAUUCAGCUGCGACACGUGCGGAUCACAGUUUAACCGGCACUACUCGCUGGUGAAGCAUAAGGUCAUCCACACAGGAGAGCGUCACUAUGCCUGCGAAGUUUGCAAGAUGAGGUUCGCGUCGGCGUACCACGUGAAAAUACACAUGCGAACGCACACCGGUGAAAAGCCGCACAAAUGUGGCUACUGUGCCCGUGGCUUUGCGCAGAAGAACUGCAUGCUGAAGCAUAUGAAAACGCAUGGCAAACCGUACCCGUGCGACCGGUGCGAUGCAUCGUUUCAGACGAUAGCGGAUUUGCGGGUACACGCGAAGGAGCACGAUCGGGUGCGAAAGCAGGAAGAGGUUGAUUCCCCUGCGGAACAAUAACCACAGUGCAAUGUAGAUGUAAGUGUCAGUAAAGGGUAAAGUUGACAAAAAUCCGGAGUCGACACCGAUCCGACUCCGGAGUUGUUCGUAAUCGCCCGGAAUCGUCCGGAGUCUUUCGGAGUCAUUCGGAGUUGAGUUUAAUGGGGUUAAGGUUAUUAGUAUUGUUUAAUAUGAAAACUAUUUAAUUUGGAGCGAUUAAAAGGGUACAGAGGUACUCGAUGGCGGAGACGCUCGACUCUUAUUUUGGUCCAGGAACUGAACCUAUCGCGUGCUAGGAAUUUAUUCCGAAACUGCUACACGAUAUCUAUAUCAGUCUAGUAAAGGAAAUCGAAUCUCUACAGGUCUAGGAUGCCUAUCCCAUUCUUACAACGUUCAGCUGGGAUAUACAGGGUUUCCCGCGACUUAUCGGUGGGUUCCCAUCUAUUUUUGGUAGGUUCCCAUAUUUGUUGGUGCGUUACUACGAUUUUUUGCCGUUUCCCGGAAUUUGUUGGUCCAAUUGUAUUGAUAUCCAAUUGGAAAAUACCAAUAAAUUAUGGGAACGAACCAAAAAUCUAUGGAACACGAUCAAAAAAUCGUACGAACGCACCAAAAAAAUCAUAGAAACUGAUCAAUAAAUCGUGGGAAACACUGUAACAAUG